CGUUCCAGCGUGGCUCAACAAGUACACGCGGCGCCCAGUUUCCACGGUUUCAAAUUUUGGAAAAUCUUGACGUGACUUGUCAUACAAUUGUUCGCUGCUAAAAUGCAUUAAAUCGACGAGUACGGCACGAAUUGUGUGAGUAAGAUCGUGAAUCGUCGAAUUCCGUCAACCAGUCAACAAUCUGAGCGUCAACAUUGGUAAAAAUUAUAUUGUUUCACUAGACGAAAGGAAUAUACUAUGCGGUCUAAGGUGACGAAUGAAAAUACCUGGGAGACAAAAUGGACUACGGAAUCGUCGCAGAGCGGUAGGAGCCUGCGGCGAACGACGAAAAAAACGGAAUCUUCGGGGUUGAGAUUGUCAAAACCCUCGAGAGGACACUCGGCACGGGAGAGAACUCUCAGGAGGCUGGAAAGCAACGAACGCGAGCGUAUGCGGAUGCACAGUUUGAACGAUGCGUUUCAGUCCCUGCGCGAAGUGAUCCCGCACGUAAUCAAAGAGAGACGGCUCUCGAAAAUCGAGACGUUAACGCUGGCUAAAAAUUAUAUAGUGGCCCUUACGGACGUGAUAUGCGCCAUGAGAAGCGAGGACCGAGGAUCGGAGGAUCAGCAGACGAGCGGCUCUGAACGUCAAGAUUCGUCGAACGGCGAGCAGCGAUUGGAAUCGACCACUAUUCGCGUCAACAUUCCCGUUGCCUCCAGAUCCUACGGAUCGGAGACUCAGAAUUUUUAUCAGAACACUCGCUCGCGGUGGGAGAAAGACCAGGGUAACGUUACAGGCCUCUGAAAAGUUGAAACGGCGCUAACUGAUAUCGAGACGAAGGACGAACUGAGAUCUCUUCAAACGGCAUUUCGACUAGUCUUCCCUUCUUUAAUCGUGCAUGCGUUUACGUCUUCUAAAAAGUUCCAAUAUCCAACGCACUUGUGCAAGUCUUAUUGAAAUUAACGAUGUAUCUUUAUGACUGAUAUAUUAAUCUAAGAAAACUACUAAUUGUAUGUGCCAAAGAAAGAUAGUAUUCAUCGCAGAAACGAAUAAAAGAGAGUAUUAUAUAGAUAUUAAUAAUAAUAAUGUUACCGUAUUUUGUUUCAUAUG